AACGCCAGAACCCUAACCCCUAGUUAAUCUCUUUGGUCUAGCUUUCAAUCUUUCACAGCCCAACGGAGAUGGUUCUGCGACAAGCAACAUUUCAAUUCCUUCGGAGAAUCCGUCCUUCUUCUUCCUAUACUUCUCGUCAAAUAACUGGCAAUGCUUUGCCUAAUUCACUUUCCAAUAAACUGAAGUUCUCCUGCAAACUUGACCGUGGAUCUAACACUAGGAGAAAAAAUUGCUGGAACCCUAGUUUAUGGAUUGUUUUAGCUGGGCAAGCUGCUACAAUUAUCGGAGUAAAUGCCAACUUUGCUAUAGCAGAAGAUGCAUCAAUUGAGUCUGGUUCUGAAAAUCACUCCGAAGGAGCUAACUCUGGACUACGUAAGAUUGAAGAUGGCUCUAUAAUAUCAAAUUCACAUACUUCAAAGUGGAGAAUUUUUACAGAUAAUGGGAGGGAGUUUUUCUUGCAGGGAAAACUGGAACAAGCCGAACAAUUUUUUUCCUCUGCCCUACAAGAAGCUAAAGAAGGUUUUGGGGAGAAGGAUCCUCAUGUUGCAUCUGCAUGCAACAAUUUGGCAGAGCUCUAUAGAGUUAAGAAGGAAUUUGAGAAAGCAGAACCUUUGUAUUUGGAAGCCAUCAACAUACUUGAAGAAUCGUUUGGUCCUGAAGAUAUACGUGUGGGUGCUGCGUUUCACAAUCUUGGACAGUUUUACCUUAUGCAACGGAAACUCGAAAAAGCUCUUCUUUGCUAUGAGCGUGCCUUGAAGAUAAAGGGACGUGUUUUAGGACAUGCCCAUCACGACUAUGCCGAGACAAUGUAUCAUCUUGGAACGGUAUUACAUCUCCAAGGAAGGGACAAGAAUGCGGAAGCCCUCAUUCUGGAUUCUAUACAGAUACUAGAGGAAGGCGGCGAAGGGUACUCAACUCUUUGCAUCAAGAGAAUGCGAUAUCUUGCUCAGAUAUAUUUAAAAUCCAAUCGUUUGGCAGAGGCUGAGAAUGUACAGAGAAAGAUUCUGCAUAUCAUGGAAAUAUCAAAGGGGUGGGACUCUUUGGACACUGUAAUUGCUGCUGAAAGACAGGCAUUAACAUUAGAAGCAAUUGGGAACUUGGAUGAAGCACAGGAACUUCUUGAGAGGUGUCUUCAUGCUCGCAAAAGUUUGCUUCCUGAAGACCACAUCCAGAUUGGUGGAAACAUGCUUCACAUUGCUCGUGUGGUAAUGCUGAAAGCCAACAAAUUAAGCAAGAUGCAAACUUCCGAAGCAAUUGCUGAGCUUGAUAAGGCAAAUGAUCUGUUGUACAAUGCAUAUAGGAUUGCCUGGCAGGUUCUGAAUAAAGUGGCAAAACAGAAAGGCAAUGGCCAAAUUUAUGGAGCACCUGGAGAAGCUAGAAGGGAUGGCCAUGCGGCACUGGUCAUACUGUUGCAAUCACUUGAUACUCUUGGGCUCGUGGAGAUCAAUAAGCAAGAAUUGAAAGCGCCAGUGGAAAAGCAUUCGACUGGCAAUGAAGCUGAAAAUGCACUUUUGAAUUGCAUAUCUGCCUACAAAGAGUUUGCAAAUCAAAGGUUAAUUUCUGACCACCCCGACGUAAAGGCUCAGUAUCUUUCGUGUUUGAAGCGUCUUUCAAGCUUGAUCAAUAAUGGGGUCCGACAGUCUAGAAAACACACUUUACAAGAGCUGAAAGAUGAAAUCCAGCGCGUUGAAGGUGAAGUUUCUUCUCAAAGGAAAAAGAAACAGUAAGCUAGUUAUUUUGCUUCCCUAGCAAUAAAAGCUUCAGAUUGAUAAUUUAGAACUGUCGCCUUGUUUUUUCUUCCUUGUAAGACCCCUCUAGUUAUUUAUGUAUAAUAAAAUUCAGGAACAAUUUUAAAAAUAAAUUUAAAUUGAAUGCAAAAAAAUUUAUCUUUCA